CCCGUCUGCAGGAGCGGUUCAGGGACGGGUCUCUCCAGCCCUCCCUUAGCCACCCAGACGGUGGUUCCCCUCCAGCACUGCAAGAUCCCGGAGCUUCCUGUCGAGCGAAGCAUCUUAUUCGAACUCCAGCUCUUCUUCUGCCACCUCAUCGCGCUCUUCGUCCACUACAUCAACAUCUACAAAACGGUCUGGUGGUACCCGCCUUCCCACCCGCCCUCCCACACUUCACUGAAUUUUCAUCUCAUUGACUGCAACGUCCUAGCAGUGACCACCGCUGUCUUGGCAAGGAGAUUGAUCGGGGCCAUUGUGAAGGAGGUGAAGGAGGCUUCUCAUACUGGCCAGGUCUCUCUCUCACGCUCUAUUCUCCUGGUGCUGACGAGUUUUGCUGUCCUGACCGGGGUGGUUUGGAGUCUCAGCAGAUCCAUCCACCUCUUCAGGACGUAUUCGCUGCUCAACCUCCUGUUUUUGUGUUAUCCGUUCGGCAUGUACGUCCCCUUCCUGCAGCUGGACUGCGACUUCCGCAAGGUGGGCCUUUUCUCGCCAGUGGCCAGCCUCGGCCCUCGCGAGACAGGCGAGGGGGGCACAAGGGGCAAAGACUACCUGUCGGUCCUCAAGGAGACCUGGAAGCAGCACACGCGGCCCCUCUACGGGAUGGAGGCCAUGCCCACCCACGCCUGCUGCCUCUCGCCAGACCUGAUCCGCAACGAGGUGGAGUACCUGAAGAUGGACUUCAACUGCCGCAUGAAGGAGGUGCUCGUGAGCUCCAUGCUCAGCGCCUACUACGUGGCCUUCGUGCCGGUCUGGUUCGUCAAGAACACCCAGUAUUACGAUAAGCGGUGGUCCUGUGAGCUGUUCCUCUUGGUCUCCAUCAGCACCUCCGUCAUCCUCACACAGCAUCUUUUGCCUGCCCGCUACUGUGAUCUCCUCCAUAAAGCUGCGGCGCAUCUUGGCUGUUGGCAGAAGGUGGACCCGGCACUUUGCUCCAACGUACUGCAGCACCAGUGGACGGAAGAAUGCAUGUGGCCCCAAGGGGUCCUGGUCAAGCACAGCAGGAACGUGUACAAAGCCGUGGGCCAUUACAACGUGGCGGUGCCUUCUGACGUCUCCCACUUCCGGUUUCACUUCUUUUUCAGCAAACCCCUGCGGAUCUUGAACAUCCUGAUUCUCCUGGAAGGGGGCGUCAUCGUCUACCAGCUCUACUCCCUCAUCGUGUCGGAGAAAUGGCACCAGACCAUCUCGCUGGCCCUGAUCCUCUUCAGCAACUACUACGCCUUCUUCAAGCUGCUGCGUGACCGGCUGGUGCUGGGGAAAGCCUACUCCUACUCUGCCGCCAGAGAGACUGAUCCGAAGGCAAACUGAAGGCCUUGCACUCAACAGACACAAAAGGGGAGGGAGAGAGAGAGAGAGAACCAGCUCCCGGCUCCGUUGGCAGGUGGCCCGAGGUGUUCUGCCCCCUCCUCCUCCUCCACCUCCUCCUCCAGGCGCCUCUGCCACCAUACCGCGCUGCCUGAGAUGUGCUCCCCUGGAAAUCUCUCCCCGGAGCCUGGUGCUCAAGGAGCACGCAGUCAGGCCGGCCCUGAGCUUUGUAUUUCCCCUUUUUUUACCACUGCUUUCUGUUUGGUUUGGAGUUUUUUUUUGUUUGGUUUGGUUUGAUAACUGAUCUGUAAGGAAAAUAUCUUAUUUUUGUACUCCCA